UUUUUUUUUUUUUUAAAUUAGUCCAGUAUUGAGCAAGAGCAUUGUAGCUGUAAUGGGGAAACAGGCUUCAAUAUAAUUCCUAUGGGCAACUGUGCGUCUUCAAUUUAUGUCCUCAAAAAGUGCUUGUUUUUGUCACUGACAGGCUCAGAUUAUUAAAGGAUCCCUACAGGGAAAUUUUACGUCCUUCCUUACCUAUCAUGGGUCUGUUUGUUAUGGUGCCUAACUAAGUCUCACUUAAGGAGGAGUCUCAUUCUGAAAUCUUGUGAGAAGUGACAUGUUGCAGGAAAAUGAAUGGUGGAAAUGUUUGUGAGAGCUGGAGAGAGGAGUGCUGGAAAGAGUUUGUUGUGUUGGAGUACAAAACAUGUAGCUUAGUGUCAUCUAAAAGAUUUUCACUGUCAUGAUUGAACAUUUAUCUGAUGUUAACAAUGUGGAAAAGUCUGUGAAAUAUCAGAGCAAGGCUUGUCCUUGAGUUAGAUUUGGUCCCACACACUAACAAACAGACCAGAAAUGUUUAAUUUUUCUGUAGGGAUCCUUUUCAUAAUAUCGUCAGAUGCUUACAACGGAAAUCUGAGCCUGUCAGUGGCAAAAAUAAGCACUAAUAUAACUAAAUACAGACUCAAGGUAAAUUACUUAAGUUUGAGAACAAAAAUAAAUAACUGAGGAUUGACUUACUUACACUUUUUCUGCAUCUUUCAACCAUAUUUCAGCAGUGGUUGCAUGCAGGUGAACUUUGAAUUCUUGUUUGCUAUCUUUUAAGUCAAGAAUUAGUGUUUCUGUUUUUUUGUCCACCCCUGUAUGUCAGUGUUAAUGUGCUGUUGAGUUACCUUUUUGGGAAUAAGAAUACAUUAUUUUUAUAAACCUUACAAACUGCUUGAUGUUUCUGCAUCUUGAACAUAAUGUGUGAAAUCUGCCUUUACCUGAAGUGACCUUAUUAUGUCACCAUUUGUAAACAAUGGCUCAAAUUUAAUUCCCAAAUCUUAAAGGGUCCUAAAUUAAGACCUUAGCUUCAGGUUUAUUGUUUUCAUAUUGUUUUCACAUUGUUUAGAGAAGCGGGAUUACUCCGCUUAGCCUCCAGAAGUGGGGCCUCGUUCCUCGGUUGGACGAUUUCCACUAAAAUCCACAGAGGCACACAUUAUUCGUCAGCAUUCAGUUUUCAAAGAGCCCAUUUUCCCCCCCUCAUGAGAAAUACCAGAAAACACAAGGUCUGUGAGCACAGCCCUGCUUGGUUCUUGUUGGCCUGAAACUCCUCCCUGGAUCACAUGUAAGAAGGGGGAAAGGUUCAGGAUGUGUUUUCGCAUCAUGAUAGUGACUGUUUUAUUCAAUCAGGACGAGUUGAGCGACAUCUGAAUGGGCGUUGGCACCUCCUGCAGAUAGACUGGUAAAGCCUGUGUUUUCCACUCUGCAAAGUGUGAGAAAACUGGUGAGACAUUUGACUGCUCAUGUGGAAGCCAGCUCCAGUCAUGUGCUAGUCCCUCUCUGAUCAGAGCCUAAUGAGUGGGGAGAUAUGACGUCCUGCUAAGCCUCUGUGAUGGUCCUGCACCCUCAGACUGAAAACUUGUAGCCCAGGUGGAACUACUUUGCUUUUCCUGUUUGCUCACCCUAUAAGUGUAUAAGUGCAAGCUCUCUAAACUCUUAUGGUUCGUAAUCCUUUAAACCAGCAUAGCAUUGUACUGUGAGUUCAACUCUGUGGCAGGUUGAGCACUCAGCUGCACAAUGGCUGACUGGGACUAUGACUAUCUGAUCAAGCUGCUGGCACUCGGGGACUCGGGGGUGGGAAAGACCACCUUCCUCUACAGGUACACCGACAACAAGUUCAGCCGAAAGUUCACAACCACAGUGGGCAUCGACUUCAGGGAAAAGAGAGUGAUGUACACAGGGAAAGGUGCUGAUGGUUCGAGUGAGAAGAACUUCAGAGUCCACCUUCAGCUUUGGGACACAGCAGGACAAGAGAGGUUCCGCAGCCUCACCACAGCUUUCUUCAGAGACGCCAUGGGCUUCCUGCUGAUGUUCGAUUUGACCAAUCAGCAAAGUUUCCUCAACGUCAGGAACUGGAUGAGUCAGCUACAGGCCAACGCGUACUGUGAUAGUCCAGACAUCGUGCUGGUGGGCACCAAGGCGGACCUCUGGGAUGUGAGGGAUGUUCACGCCAGACAGGCCAGAGAUCUGGCAGAUAGAUACGGCAUCCCCUACUUUGAGACAAGUGCAGUGACGGGUGCUGAGGUGGACAACGCCGUGACCACCCUGCUGGAACUGGUGAUGAAGAGGAUGGAGCAGAGCACUCAUUUAGGCCACAGCUCUGAAAUCAACGGCAGCCCCGUCACCAGCCAUGAGGUGGAGGAGGCUCCUGCCAGGAGGUGGUGUGCUUGCUGAUGCUACUGCCAGCCGCCACUCUUCUCACAUUGGCUCCAAGUAACACUGAGUUUCUAAGAUGCUGCACCAGAAGGAAAUGUUGGCACUGUAUGUUUGUGCAAACCAUGAAUACAUUACAUUUGUAUGUUUCAUAUAUAUCAAUGUUUCUAAAGUGACCUAGUGUAUGAGCUGACUUUGCAUUCGGGAGGUGGAGGUGAUGAUGGAUUGCAUGCCACCUAGGCAAGAUGCCUGCCAAGCUGCAGACUACCGUUUGAGACCAACAAAUAGCAAGUCAUCGCUGUGUUUCUGGUGGCUUUUAAGCUACCAGACGUGGGUGGAUUUUAGCAUUUUUUCGCUGUGUCCUGCCAGGAUAGUGCCACAGAAAGCAGCUGUUUUCUACAGAGGGAUCGAUGGCUUCUCCAGCCAUGAUUACAAGAUCUUUCCUGCCCAUAAACAAGUAGUUUUUGUGCCUAAACAUACCCACAUUGUAACCACAGCUUUGUGAAAAUGCAAACAACCAUGAUGUUCUAACAUAUCCACUACAUAGUGAUAUACAAAUGUAUCUGUGGUUUGCAUAAUCGUACAAUGCCAUCAUUUUUUUCUGGUGAUUGGGUUGGUUUUCUGGAAUGCAUGCUGGAUGAGGCAGAAGAUCGUAAAAUCAACUAAAAAUAUGAUCCAUACUUGAGCGGGAAUGUGGCCUGAUAUUGUUUUUGCAGCGUGAAUUCCGCUUUUAACAUAUGCUGCCUUUAAUGUUAUAUAUUCACAGCCUGCGCAUUGUGAGAAACAAGAAGGAGGAGAUAGAGCACAAGAUGUUAAAAAUGUAUAUAGUAAGUGAAUAUAGGUACUGAUGUAAAAACUGGGAUGUUUUAAAGACACCAAGUGGUUGUGAUUUAGCAACAAAAAAAGGCUAAUUAUCAUCUUCAAUUGGUCAUAUCAGAGAAAAAUACUGUUUUUAUUUGACACAUUGAGGCAUUGAUGGAAGGAAUAUGCAGGCACAUAACGUAUAUUUAUCAUGGAGUAUAAUCAAAAAACAUUUAAGACAUGGUUACAUUUCUUAUAUGAAUGAUCGUUUUUGUUAGAACAACCAAGAUAGCAAAGUCACUUAACAUGAUUUAUGACUUUCAUACGACAUGUACAUAAGCAGCCAAGCUUUUCUAUGCGUUAUGGAAUAGAGUUGCCAUGCAGAUCGAACACAAGUACAAGAAUGUUAAAGGGUUGUUGGAACGAAUCCUGUACAGUGCUGCGUUUGGAAUAAAGACAUUUUAUGUUUAAGUUAUGUAUAUGUCAUUGUCGUUUGAAUGUAA